AGGAUGGAGGCAUCGAAAACCGUGUUUUUCGUUGUCUCAUCUACGCGUUACCCCACACGACCCAAGAAAAACCUCACAUAAAGUAGAACCAACUAAGAACAGAAGUAGAUCUUCACGUACAGAAAAGUAGGGUUACAGAAAAAAUCCUGAAGCAAACAGUAGUAGAAACCAGAAAGCAAAAGUUUUCACCGGUGACGGAGUAUUAAUAAACCCGAGAAAGCACAAGCUUUUGACAAGAGUAUAACUUCUUUUCCACCUUCGUACAACCGAUUUCCGCUUGCACCAGCUAGAAUUCAACAUCACGCGACAGCACAUCUGGUUCUUGCGUUGCUUGAAGAUACUUAAACACGUUGACCCGCAUCAUCACAAAGCGCCCUGUUCGACGAGCACACUUACCGGAUUUGCAGCUCCCUUCAACAUCUUGAUCUUCUAUCCGACGGCGAGAGCAACAGAGAAAAUGCUCACCGCGCCGGCCACUUCCCUCGCCCGGAUGAACGGGGUCGCGACGGCCGCGGCUCUUCUCCUCGCGACGGACCUCCUCCAUCAACCUCAAUUUUUGACAAGUGCCGUCAAUGUGGCACAGCUACAGCACAACACUGUCCAGCACAAACGCGCCGGCGCCACGAAGAUGAUGAGUAAAAAAACUAAGGUGCACCAGAAGAAGAUGAACAAGGAAGGGUGCUCCCCGGAAGCCGAAACGACGACCACGACCACAACCACGACCACCACUGCGAAUGCUCUCGUGGAAAAAAGCAACCAGGUUUUCCAGCAAAGCUUGUCCGUUUCGGCGGCGCAAGCGAAAGCCGAGCAGGAAGUGAGCGAGAUUGUGACGGCCUUUAAGGCCAGCACUGACGCGGCUUCUGCGGGGACGAGCGCAACAUCCUUUCUGGAGACGAAAACGGUCGAUGCCGAGGCGCUCAAAACGGCAAUCAGUGACGCGACGGGGAAGCUGGAUGCGUUUGAUAAAAAAGCUGAAUACGCGGGGAUCCUGCCGGAAAGCAAGGCGUCCGCUUCCGAACUGAACACCGCCCUCAAACCGAUUUCGGAGGCAUUGACACCAGAAGCAGGAGCGACUCCGUCCGAUGGCGAUGUGGGCAUUGCGUUGGCACUGGCCAAGCAAGCUGUGGACUUUACAGUCGUCAAGAUUUUCACUCGCAAAAUGGCAACCCUUGAUGCUGCCGUGGCUUACCUUGCGAUGAACUCGACCAUGGAGGGGGCUUCUACCUCGGAUGCGCUUGUCGAAGCCUUUACCACGGGUGACGCAAGCAAGGCCAUGGCUGUUUUCAGUGAGCAAGUGUUUGGCCCGGUCCUGAACGUUUUCGCUGACCCCGCUUCCAAGUACAUGGAGAGUAUCGCCGGGGUGGAAAUGUUCAAGGAGUAUUCCGGUUUGAAGACCUGUGUGGACACGGUCACCGACGCAAUGCAGACCCUGGAAAGCAAAGUGAACAACACCGAAACCACCUCCGUGCUCAAGGAAUUCGUCGAGACUUUGGGCCAAGCCUCACGUGCAUCCGGGUAUCCUCGUGUUCGAAAACGUUGAUGUCACCUCGUCCCCGUACACUAGCCACAACCUUUCGACGGCGCGCAUAGAUGAUCUUCCUGUAUGUUGUCUCGUGCAAAAGAGAAUACAAUAGCAGGAAUAGGUGGCGUCAACAUAACUAGAUGAGCCACAACCUAUAGCACGAAUUUUGGGUCGUGGAAGAUUUAUACAAUGAAAUAAUUGUAGCUGUGUAUAAUAAUAGCCUUCUUUUUCCCCAAAGCGACGCCUACCUAAGUUUAAGUAGGUCUUGGGCUGGGGGGCGGGCUGCUGGGUGAACGUCAUUUUUCGACGGGAUAGAGGAGAAUCUGCCUACAAGGAGAUUGUCCAGCCGAACAUCGAAUCGCUGUUCACGAAACAAGCUGAGCAUGCCUCGGCAGCAGCAGGCACGAAGUCGAAGAUUUCCGAACUUCUCGACGAUCAUUUGAAGAACGACGCAACUGGACUCGCCCAUGAUGCGACGACUCUGGGAUUGCCUGGCGCCGACAAGUUCAAGGACCUCGAGGCGAUUCGGGUGGCGAUCAAGGACAAGACUCCUGACGAAAUCAAGUGGGACGAGUCUGAUGUUUUUGCGAAUUUCACUAUCAAGAGAGAUGGAUAUUGCUCCCGUCGCACGUUUCUCGGCUCCCGCUUUAUUUCUGAUCUUGUGCGUGAUCUCUGGAGAAACAGAAAGAAGGCAGAGCCAAUUCAGCGGCAACCUUCUUCAAAAAACAGAAGCACAAUAAACAUCACCAAGGACUGAUAUGAUAAAGGAUUUCUAUCCGUCUGUCAAACGGAACAAAUAUAGAGGUCGUUCACACGACAACUCCUAAGUUGUACUUGAUGACUGGCUGGCUGGCAGCCGCAGCGGUGCAACGCCCGCGCCCGGGCUGACCUCUACAUAAACACUCUCUUUUGGUACUUUGCUUCAGCACACUCUUGACUCUGAGAAAAUGAUUUUGGAAUGUAAGUAAGUAGAGUCGUAGCACAAACACAUCACGAGAUGAAACAAGACGAGCUAGAUGAACAUGUUGCGGAUGCAUAAUUUGUCCUAUCCCACGAAAAAAGUGUUACAGUUACUUAUUUGUUGUAAGUCCAGCAACGCAUACGCAAAUUUUCUCUGCAUCAUGUUGACCAAGGAAGAAAACUUGCAAUGCAAAAAUCACAAGGGAAAGAACCACGUGUGAAACGAGGAAGGUCGAGAGCAUUUCGUACAUGACCAAAGUUGUCUCUCUUGCCGGUGGUACUGCAACACAAAGCGGAACUACUGUGACACUUUUUCCUUUGCAUAUUUGUUUCCCCAGUAUAUGCCACUACGCAGCGGACCUCGACAAGAAGAUGACGGAGAUGGAAGAACUUGCGAACGUAUGAAUUGCGAAAGUGUCUGGGUCUGGAAUAUAGCAACUUGUCAUGCUACAUCUGAAUCAUACAAGAAUCUGUGUUGCAUGAGAAGUACCAAAAGCCGUCCAUUUUUGACCCGGGGGGUGACGAGAGGGAAUUUCUCGUGCAGAAUAAGCAUGAUAGAGAUCUCAAAGAAUCUGUCAUGCUAGGUCCUGCAUUCCAGAUCUCAUGGGUCAUGGAAAACCUGCAUUACAAGUUGCGUACUCUUCCAGACCCAGACAUUUUUGCAUUUGAUAGAACGCAGCUCCUGGAAUCCGCAACUCGUUCAGUGCGGGUAGUGUGAAUGACUUGCGGAAAAGCCUUGAAGAAGCAGGCGGAGCCGCGUGGGCGUCGCUUCCCAGUUUCGAAGACAACAAAAACAUGAUCGGAGGAGCCAUGUCCUGGAUGGGAGACAAAAUGAAUAAAAUCAAACCGCCCUCCUGGUCGUCUGCAGAUGUGCAACCUUCUCCAGGAACUACUGGCGGCGUGCUAUCAUAUUGAAGAAAAGCGCGGCCCGUAUAAUUUACAUUUCCCAAUAAGAAGGUAGGAAGCUAAGCUUCUUGCGUUCGCGAAUAAGCUCAGCAAAAAUUAUGGAGACAAGCUCCAUAAUGCUUUAUGUUGCAAUUGACAUUUAUCGUUCCCGCGACACACGUUGUCAUUUUCAAUGCAGGAUGGCCACCGCGAUGAUUGUGUUGUGACAAGGGUCAACGAGGGAGUUGAAACAGUCAGACGAGUGGAAGUGGUCCUACUUUUAUGCAAUACUAGACCGAAAGAAAUAAAUUAUUUGGAAACUUGUUUGCAAUCGAAGUGUCCGGAAAUAAUGGGGACGGGCGCUUUUCAACUUGAUGUCUUCCGUCGCUGGAUCAUAUGGCUUGCGCAGAUGAGACCAUUUCACCUGGUGGGACCAUUUGUAUGUGGAACAUCGUCGCUUUGUCGUGCGUAGAAAAGGGCGGUGAAAAAAAAUCCUGA